GUGUUAAACAGACAGAGUGGGGACGAGUUGAGGUAUUUUAGAUGUCCACGAGAUACAAUAUGGAGUGCUUACUUGUCAACUAAGGCCAAGUUUAAGUGUCUGUAUUAUGCGUACAUAUAAUGCUAUCACUGUGGAACCUGAACUUCUUAUCGGAAACCCACUGGAUAGUGUAACUUGAUCAUAGAAUUAGCAUGGCUGCAUAUGCAGUUCCACCUGUAGAGGAGUUGCUGUCAAAACGAGUUCAAGAAAUGGUCCUUCACGGGGAGGAGCCACUUGGACCUUAUAUUUGCAGAAGUGGUGAAGAUGUUGAUGAAAAACAAGACAUCAUGGAUACUUCUCCAAUUCCUACAAUUGAUCUAAACCUCCUGUCUUGUUCUGCAACAUCAGAUAACAAACGCGAACAAGAGUUGGAAAAACUUGGGUCAGCUCUAUCUUCUUGGGGAUGUUUUCAGGGAAUAGGACACGGAAUUUCAGUUUCUUUACUGGACAAGAUCCGCCAAGUUUCACGGGAAUUCUUCAAACAGCCAAUGGAAGAGAAGAACAAGUAUGCUAAAUCAGUUGUUGAUUUCCAAGGUUAUGGAGCUGAUCCUAUUCCAGAACAAGGUCAGUCCCUUGAUUGGUCUGAUCGUCUCUUCCUCGAGGUGUUCCCUGAAGAUGGAAGACAGUAUAACUUCUGGCCACAAAUCCCAAUAUCAUUCAGAGAGGUCUUGGAAGAUUAUUCUGAGAAAAUGAAGAUGGUCACGGAAAUUACCUCUAAAGCUAUGGCAAAGUCAUUGAAACUGGAAGAAACUUGCUUCUUAGAACAGUUUGGAAAAAAAGCGCAACUGCAUGCAAGGUUUAACUACUACUCACCAUGUCAGAGGCCUGAUCUGGUUCUUGGCUUAAAACCCCAUGCUGAUGGAACAGGAUACACUAUUAUUUUACAAGAUGAAGUAGGACUCCAAGUGCUCAAGGAUGGAAAAUGGUAUACAGUACCAAGAAAUCCUACAGCUCUGCUUGUUCUCAUGGGUGAUCAAAUGGAGAUAAUGAGCAAUGGAAUAUUCAAGAGCCCGGUGCAUAGGGUAGUGAGUAAUUCAGAGAGGGACAGAAUUUCUAUUGCAAUGUUCUACACACCUGAAUUAGGGAAAGAAAUCGGACCAGAAGAUGACUUAGUUAAUGUGGAUAGACCAAGGAUAUACAAGAAAGUGACAGAUUAUGCAGAAACUCACUGGAAGUUUUACCAGCGUGGUAUGAGAGCACUACACACUGCACACAUUUAGUACUACUAUAUAUGUAUGUCUUCCUUAUGUUAUUUGGGCAUGGAUAGAAAGUCUACAACAACAAUUUUGGCUUUACAUAUCUUUCACCUCAUGUUCGGAAGAAGAAGGCACCAUUCUAAUAAAUGAAUCAUCCAAUGAUGAUUUGGUUUGCAAUA